GCUGGUUAGGAGAUUGAGUUUACCACUUACAUUGACCUUAUCGAGAAAUUUUAUUAGUAACGGCUGAUUCACAAAAGCUCAAGCGCUACACAGUAUUACUAGGUGCUCGCACUCAUCUAUAUUCUUCCUCUUACUUUCUUCUAUAUAUUCUUCACUCUUUCUUUUUCCUUUGCUCUUAGCUCACAGUUUAUAUACAGAAUAAUUGAUUUAGUAGCCAUGGCAUCAGAUGAAAGUAUGAAUUUUGUUUCUUCUACGCAAGAAGAUGAAUAUGAUGAUACUGACGAUGGAUUUUAUCACCAACAUCAAGUGCCCCACAACUUGUCUAGGCUGUCCAUGUGUAAAAGCUCCAUGUACAUGAACGAAGAUGAAGAUGAUGAUAACGAUGAACGCAUGAGGAUGUCUAUGACAAGAUUAUCUAUAGAAAGCUUUGAUGGUGAUGCUGAUGAAGAAUUCUCUGAUGAUAAAGAUUUCAAAGGAUUGGGUGAGCUGUCAUCUGAUUCAGAAAAAGAACCAGAGUGUUACUCGCUGCCAGCAACACCACCUCGCCGGAGAAAUCGUAGUUCCAUCGGUCAACAAUUUAUUUGUGUCAAAGAUUAUGCAAGUGAAAAUGAAGUACAGAAGGGUGUGUUAAAACAAAAGAUCAAGAGGAACUUGCGGAGGAGGAAGAUCAUAAGAGAAAGAUGGGUGGAUGUUAAGUUUAAUAAGAGAGAUGAAGAGGAGAACGUUAUGAAUAAUUAUGGGAAUAAUAGUUUGAGUGGGGAAAGUGAAGGAGGAGGGAGUGGUGGGGGUGGGGUGGUGGUAAUAACUAGGUCAAAGGGAGGGAGAAGGUCGUUGUGUAUGGAUAUGGAGGAAAUGAAGGCUUGUAGAGAUCUGGGGUUUGAGUUGGAACAUGAAAGAAUGUUGGAGAUGCCUAAUCGUGUUUCAUUGUCUGGAUCAACACUUGAUACCAGCAGUGGAGGCAAUUCUCCCAUCGCCCAGUGGCGUAUCUCUAGUCCUGGUCUUUCUCUUCAUUUUUUCUUGCUUGGAAGACUAGCAUUUGUUUUUGAGGGAUGUGCUNUCGUAAGAGAAAGAUGGGUGGAUGUUAAGUUUAAUAAGAAAGAUGAAGAGGAGAACGUUAUGAGUAAUUAUGGGAAUAAUAGUUUGAGUGGGGAAAGUGAAGGAGGAGGGAGUGGUGGGGGAGGGGUGGUGGUAAUAACAAGGCCAAAGGGAGGGAGAAGGUCGUUGUGUAUGGAUAUGGAGGAAAUGAAGGCUUGUAGAGAUCUGGGGUUUGAGUUGGAACAUGAAAGAAUGUUGGAGAUGCCUAAUCGUGUUUCAUUGUCUGGAUCAACACUUGAUACCAGCAGUGGCGGCAAUUCUCCCAUCGCCCAGUGGCGUAUCUCUAGUCCUGGCGAUGAUCCGCGAGAUGUGAAGGCUCGGCUGAAGGUAUGGGCACAAGCAGUGGCGCUUGCAUCUGCAUCUCGACACAGCGCUUGACUAUAUAUGUCUCUAUUAAUUGCCGGCUCCUAACUUCCUCUGUUUGUUUGUCGAAGAGUGUUACUUCUUUAUUUUCCUUCCUACAAAAAGAGUUAUUUUUGCAGGUCUUUCUCUUCAUUUUUUCUUGCUUGGAAGACUAGCAUUUGUUUUUGAGGGGUUUCCACUUCCUUUCUUCUUCUUCUUUUUUUUUUUUAAAUUGCUCACUACAACCAUACUAUUACUCUGUAAAUCUCUUCGCUUGUAAAUAUUACACGAUCCCAACCAAGUUGGAGCCUUGAAUCUUGAUGAUGGACUUGGAACAUA